CUGUGGAGGACGCUGGCAGCGUAAAAUAAAAAAAAAGUUGCCCCGGCACCAGUAUCCGUGUAUUUUCAGGAAGUAUCUGCGCCUUCAAGGAUACUUUCAGGGUAACUUUCAACGCAACACAAUGGCUGAGAAGAUUGACAUGGAGGACGCGAAGGCAUCCAACGGCGAGGCUCACCUCGAUGAGCCGGUGACAAACGGACCGACCUGCCUGAAGAAGAGCCCGGAGCCGCUGUCAAAGAGGGUGCAGAGGUUAGUGAUGGCCAACCUGCUGGUGAUUCUCACCGUGGCCGGGGUCAUCAUCGGGGUUUUUAUCGGACUCGGCGUGCGCAACGUGGCGCUGACCAGGACCCAGAUCAUCUACAUCGGGUUCCCCGGUGAGCUGCUCAUCCGGCUGCUGAAGAUGAUCAUCAUCCCUCUGGUGGUAUGCAGUCUGGUGUCGGGGGCGGCCAGCAUAGACCCGAAAGCCCUGGGCAAACUUGGUGGCUGGGCCAUGCUUUUCUUCUUGGUCACAACAUUAAUCGCGUCUUCCAUCGGGGUUGUGAUGGCUUUCAUCCUGACGCCGGGCUCCGUGUCUAUAGUCAAACCAAAGGUGCAGGGAAUCGAUGACGAAGUACCAGAAGCCAAAGAAGUGAUAGACUCCUUUUUAGAUUUAAUCAGGAACAUCUUCCCCUCUAAUCUAGUGUCUGCCGCCUUUCAGUCAUAUGCAACUAGCUACAAGCUGGUGACAAAAAAUGGCACCGAUGGAAUCCUGAAUGUCACCGUGGAGAAGGUGCCCUUUGGUGUUGACCAGGACGGCAUGAACAUUCUGGGUCUGGUAGUGUUUGCCAUUGUGUUUGGCAUUGCUUUAAGGAAGCUGGGAGAGGAAGGAGAGAUCCUCAUCAAGUUUUUCAACUCCUUCAACGAGGCCACCAUGGUGCUGGUGUCCUGGAUCAUGUGGUAUGCCCCUCUCGGUAUCAUGUUCCUUGUAGCUGGUAAGAUCGUGGAGAUGGAGGACGUCGGCACUCUGUUUGCCAGUCUGGGAAAAUAUAUCGCCUGUUGCAUCAUCGGACAUGCUGUCCACGGCUUUCUAGUGCUGCCAGCUAUCUACUUCAUUAUUACAAGGAAGAACCCGUACACCUUCCUCUGGGGGAUUUUCACUGCUCUGGCUACAGCCUUCGGAACGAGCUCCAGCUCUGCCACUCUGCCCCUGAUGAUGAAGUGCGUGGAGAAAAAUAACGGCGUAUCCAAGCACAUCAGCCGCUUCAUCCUUCCCAUCGGAGCAACAGUCAACAUGGACGGAGCCGCUCUCUUCCAGUGUGUGGCUGCGGUUUUCAUCGCUCAGCUGAACAACGUUUCCCUUAACUUCAUCCAAGUCAUUACCAUCCUUGUUACAGCAACAGCCUCCAGUGUAGGAGCUGCAGGUAUACCUGCUGGAGGUGUGUUGACUCUCGCAAUCAUCCUGGAGGCAGUAGGUCUGCCAACCAAUGACAUCUCUCUCAUCCUCGCUGUUGACUGGCUUGUUGACCGUACCUGCACAGUGCUGAAUGUAGAGGGCGAUGCCUUUGGAGCCGGGCUCCUGCAGUUCUUCGUGGACCGCACUUCAAAACAAGAAGAAGAAACAGAGCUGAGCGACGUCCGGCUGGAGGGGGAACCAUCAGCCGCUGCCCCUGAGCACUCCCCCCUUAUUGAGAAGCGAGGUGGACAUGACAGUGCAGACGCUCCAAAGACAGUCCUGUCCGAGUCUGUCAUGUAAUCCAGCUGCUGACAACAUCAACAACAAUCCUCUCACUUAUUUGACACUCCUAUCAGCCACAACCUGAGGUACAGGCCACCUUUUUUUACCCUCUUUCUCAGCCCUGACGGAAAGGGUCUGUGAGAGAAGAUGAGUAUAGACAUUUUAAGAACUGUGCAAACAAACAAUCUUUCUUCAAAGCUUUCCUGUGAUGAGGGCAAUAAGAACUGAGGGGGGGGGACAAUUAAAAUCCAUAUUUUAUGCAGUAACUUUUUCUUCCGUUUUGAGGAAUUAGAACAUUGAAAGGCUGCUCUCUUUAAUCAAAGUGUGUCCUCAUCAAUUUUUAAUGUCAGAGUUUUAUCAUGUAAAAACUCAAUUUAUGGUGUUGUGUGCGUCUGUGUGUGUGUGUACAUCCACUUUGAUGUCCAGUUGAUGACUAGACCAGUUAAAAUAACCAUUAAUGUUGGAUGGGUUUCAAGCAGAAGUGAUGUUGCAUUGAAAUAUAUUGAGGAAAUUUAAGAUAUAUGGUCAUAUUCAUCUGUGGCACUCUGUUACUUGUGUGUGUACACUUCCAAUCCUAUCAGAUCUUAUUAAGUGAAGCUCUGGUCUUCACCAUUCGGCCAGUUUUCCUGUUAAUUUCCUGAAUUUAAAACUUUACAAAGACCUACUUUGAGCUGCUGAGCUCGGUCUGUUAGCAAGAAAUUUCCAUAUUUUCCCUCUAUUACCCAAAAACUUCAAAAUGUUUGUUAAUUUAUUUUUUAAUCAAUCUUUUCAGAUGAUAAAAAUUGUCAUUACACAUGAUUUUGGGCACUUUCAUGCACAUUAUAUCUAAUGUUUUUGAACUAUAGAUCUUCAAUAUGAUCAGACAUUAGUUUGAUUAUAUUGUGUAUGCAUGAAACUGGCUAUGAUGAUGUGUGUAUGGCUGAACAGUUUUCCCCGGGGACUCUUAAGUUUUGAUAGAACUCAGAGCAAUUCUUCCACCUGUAACCAGGGUCUUGGUUGGGCUUUGCGGCGCUGUAAAUUUCUAAUCCGUGGAGUCCAGGUUUGGCUUUUGACAUCUCAGCCUAUUUUCAAAGUCUUUGUUGGUUUUUAGACCUAGAUAGAAACUCAGACAACAAAAGACUGGAAGACCGUUUAGUCCUAAAAAGAGGCCCAGACUUUGUGCUGACUCCUUGGCCUGAGCGAAAUGUGGCUUAUGAUAAAAAAGCACAACAAUACUUCCUAAAUAUCAGUUUUUUUAGAGCUUUUAUCAGUCUGUUAUUGAAUCUGCUGUUACUCCAUGCCAAUGCCUCAUUAUGAGAAAUAGCAUUAUAGUUGUUACCUGUUCUCAAGAUUGUAUUUAUACUCUAAAGCACACUUUUCUAAUGUCAAUAACAUCCCAAGGCUGAAUGAAGGAACUUUUCCCCAGGGAUUCAAAAUAUGCAUGAACACAGACUGACCUCGCAGCGUUUGUGCCUCUUCACGUGGAUCAUAACCUCAGGUUUAACUAUGGCUUGAAGACUGCUCCUUAAUAUUCUGAGACCAAAAAAAUCACAUCAUCUCUGCACAAAGAAAGGACACCGUUGAACUCCUGUUAGAAUUGAAUGACAUUUCCAGGGAGAUAUUUGACUCGUGUUGAUACACUGUGUAGGUCCCAGCAUCACAGAAAAAAAAAAAAAGCACAGAUGGGUUUAAAAGGCAGAGUCUGUCGCAGCAAGGAGACUUGUUUCAUGUGUAAAGUGAUGUGUUACUAAGUGAUGUGUGGGGUAUAAACUGUUACAACUUAAACCUGUUUAAUGUUCUUGCUGUGAAGGCCAGAAUCAUGAAAUUCUAGUUGUAUGGGCUUUAGGCCUUGUGUCAUUGUUGACCUAUCGGAUUAAUGUUUGUAGUAAAUCAUAUUUAUUUCCCUAAUCAGAAUCCAAAGAUUUUGUCAAGCCAAUGUUUCAACAUGUAAGCAACUCCAUUUUUUCAGUCUUCAUGUGCUAACUGCUUGGUGAAUGCUUUUUAAAAAUUUUUUAUUAUUAUUUCUAUGUUCAUUUUGGGUCUUGCGCUUAUUUGUAUGUUUUGGGUCUGAGUCUACUGUAGGCUUCUUGGUGCCAGGUGCUUCAAUUUGGUGAUUUUUCUUUAGUUUAGGAAACCACACACUCUGGAGAAUGUGUGUGAUGAGUUGUAUUGAUUGUAUCUUAAAGUGAUCCUAUUCUCAAAUGCAUCAUAUGCAUUUAUUGUAACAUGAAUGGUACAGUUGCACUACAGAAUGUUUAUAUCUUCCAUCCAUAUCACGUUUAAAGCUUCAAACUCCACCAUACAACUGGGGUCAAAAGAAAUACAUGAACAUUUAUUAUCUUUUCAGUGCAUUCAAAUUUGUAUUCUUUGCCAUCUUUAUUUUGUGCUAGAUCUGCACUAUUUCCCAUGAUGGUAAUAAAUGAAAUCAAUGUGUGCUUAAUCACUUUUACAGUUUUAUGUUAUGAGACCAUGCAAAAAGGGUGAAUAAUAUCCUCCAAACGGCGGCAGUGCUGCAGAUUCCUCUGAAUGCCUUUUUGGUACAAGAUGUCAACAUUCCUCUGAGAUCUUUCACCAUUUGGAUGUCUGUCUGGUUUGAUCAUAGUGUGUAUGUCUGUGUCGCCUGUGUCGUCUGCAUAUGGUAGCUGUAACAAUGUUAUUAAAGUGGGGCUCUGUUUCAACAUACUCGGUUACACUCUGAAUAUACUGUCUAGAGGAUUUAAAAAAUAAAGGCCUUUUUUAUUAUA